GUGAACCUUCCUUUAAAUGAGAGGUGCACCUGGAGGACGGUCACUUGAGAUCUGAGAAGCGUUCACCAUGCUGUGGGCCGCCACUCUGUGCCUGCUCUGGGCCUCGUCCGCCCUCGGAGCUCCCACAAACAAACAGAAAGAGAAGGUGCUGCUGAUCACCUUCGAUGGUUUCCGAUGGGAUUACGACCGCGACGUGGACACGCCGAACCUCGACCAGAUGGCCGAGGAUGGAGUCAAAGCUCUGUAUGUCACACCUCCUUACCUCACUAUCACCAGUCCGACACACUUCACCCUCUUGACAGGACGCUACAUCGAGAAUCACGGGGUGAUCCACAACAUGUGGUUCAACACAACCACCGGCGAGAAGAAGCCUUACUAUCAGACUCUGUUUGUGAAUGAGUGGUGGGACAAUGGCACUCUGCCUAUCUGGAUCACAGCACAGAGACAGGGCCUGAAAGCUGGCUCAUUUCACUUUCCUGGUACAGCUUGCAGUUACCAAGGAGAGUUUGUGAUGGAGCGGGAAGUCGAACCACCACUUUACAACUACAAGAAUGAGACCACUUGGCGGAAGAAUGUAGACAAGGUGAUGAGCUGGUUCAGGGAUAAGGAUCUGGACUUCAUAUCCCUGUAUUUCGGUGAACCAGAUGGCACAGGCCACCGGUUCGGCCCCGACUCCCAAGAGCGUCGCGAUAUGGUCAAGCAAGUGGACCGAACGGUGGGCUACAUCCGACAGUCAUCUGAACGACACGGGCUGGGUGAGCGCCUGAACAUCAUCAUCACGGCAGACCACGGCAUGACAACAGUGCUACGCAACGGUCUGGUGGAAGAGAUCACCCUUUCCAAGAUCCCGGGUUUCUCGUUCAAGGACGUGUCCUUCCACGUGGUGGAUUACGGCCCUUCUGGUAUGCUGCUGCCAAAGCCGGGCAAGCUGGAGACGGUUUACAAUGCCUUGAAGGGGGCCCAUCCACACCUUCAUGUGUACAAGAAGGAGGAAGUGCCAGAGCGUUUCCACUUCUCCAAAAAUGACCGUAUCCUCCCCAUUGUUUUAUGGGCCGACCCUGGAUACGUGAUCAACGGGUAUUUUCCAGUUCAGUUUAACAAGGGUGAGCACGGCUUUGACAACCAAGAGAUGGACAUGAAGCCCUUCUUCAGGGCGGUGGGGCCGUCGUUUCACAAGAACCUGGAGGUGGGGCCCUUCGAGACGGUGAACAUCUACCCCUUGAUGUGUCACAUCCUGGGCAUCAAGCCGGAGGUCAACGACGGCCACUUGGAUGCCACCAAACACAUGCUGGUUACUAGCCCUAUAGCUCGCAGUUCAGGUGGAGAUGUGCCUGUGGUGAUGAAUAACGCCUUCAUUGGACUGGCUGCAGUGGCUGGAUUUCUCAUUGUAGUUUUCAUCGUGAUGACAAUUCACGGAGCACUCAAGAAAAAACGCAAGAAUGAAAGCUGGGGAAGCUCACAAGGUCUUCCAGACAAGGACACGUCAAAACAAACGACGUUUUGAUCGCCGCACAGCAGAAGACAUGCUUCAGGGUGAGGCUGACCGGCAGCGGCCCACGGACUGUCGACACGCCGCCAGACCGAAGGGCACGGCGGGGCUAAAUCAGCGUGUUGUUUCCGUUUGAAAACGGGGCGUACACAGGAAAAGAAUUGUGGGAUUAGAAUAAACUGAAUAAAAAAAGCUCUGAU